AUGUCCGAAAAGUACACUGAGAAUGCGUAUGAUGAUAAAAUCAUCCCGCAAAAACGACUAUUUUCGUUUCUAACAUCCAAGGAAAUCCCUCCUUUACCGUCUCCUGAUGAACGAAAGAUUUACCCAGAAUCCUCCGCCAACAUUAUUUCCAAAAUCUUUUUCUGGUGGCUCAAUCCCAUCAUGAGAGUUGGCUAUAAGCGAACCUUGCAAGAAGAGGACUUGUUUGUUCUUCCCGACGAAAUGACAAUUCAAGUUCAAGCCAAUCGCUUUCACGAAAAGCUCGCUGCCCAAAUCGAAAGACGCCCUUCCGUGCCUAAUUAUACUUGUGCCUUGACUCUUUACAAGACCUUUCAAUCACCAUUCUUGCUAGCAUGUCUGUUUAUGGCGUUGUCUAACAUUGCUUCUACAUUGAACCCACUUUUAACUCGUCAUCUCAUCACCUAUGUUGAAGAAAGAAGUUAUGGAAGAGAGUCUAACAUUGGUAAAGGAAUUGGAUACGCCAUAGGUUCAGCACUUAUUGUGUGCUUUGGUGGUAUUGCACAAAACCACUGUAAUCAAAAGGCAAUGAUGGUGGGUGCCACUUGCAAAUCAGUACUUACCAAGGUAAUAAUCGAGAAAUCUUUUCGACUUAGUCGUCUGUCUCGACGUCAAUAUCCUUCAGGGAAAAUCACCGCUAUGCUCGGUGCUGACAUUGCCAGAAUUGAUAUCUGUGUGGGAUUUCUCCCUGUGCUUCUUACGUUUCCUAUUGCAUUGGCUAUUUCCAUAGUCAUUCUUGUGGUCAAUAUUGGGGUAUCUGCCUUAGUGGGAGUAGCUUUGGUACUUAUAUUCAUGGUAUUGCUCACAUAUUGCUCCCAGCUUUUAAUGGCUAUUAGAGGCAUUGCCAACAAAUUCACCGAUGCCAGAAUUAAUUACAUCCAAGAAAUCCUUUACAACAUGAAAAUCAUAAAAUUUUAUUCAUGGGAGACACCCUACUACAAACGAGUUCUUGAACAGCGGAAACAAGAAGUAAAGACGGUUGCAAAAAUGCAAACGAUUCGGAAUCUCUUGAUGGCAGGCUCAAUGUCGUUUACUACAAUUUCAUCCAUGGCUGCGUUCUUGGUUCUUUAUGCUUUACGAGGUACCAACAAUGCCGCUGGAAUCUUUUCAUCUUUGUCACUUUUCAACAUUUUGGCCCAACAAGUGUAUGUUCUUCCUUUGGUUACGGCCAAUGCCGCCGACGCUUAUAUCGCCGUAACUCGAAUUAAUCGCUUUUUGUGCGCCGAAGAAACGGUUGAAGAAGAUAUUGAGGUUCCUGAGCUGGUAGAAAAUGCCAUUGAAAUCAAAAAUGCCGACUUUUCAUGGGAUUAUGACGAAGCAGACGAGUUUGGAGGGCUUUAUGACAUUUCUUUAGAUGUCAAACAGGGAGAAUUGGUUAUUAUCACCGGAGUUAUUGGCUCAGGCAAAACGUCGCUUCUCAAUGCCAUAGCAGGAAUUAUGCCUCGACAACACGGGAUGUUGAAAAUGAAUGGUUCAUGCUUAUUUUGUGGAGUACCAUGGAUUCAGAAUGCCACUGUCAAGGAAAACAUUUUAUUUGGAUUGCCGUUUGAUUUCAAAAAGUACCAUGAGGUUAUUAAAGCUUGUUCGUUGGAAGCGGACUUGGAUAUGCUUCCUGCUGGAGAAGACACCGAGAUUGGUGAGAGAGGAAUCAACAUAUCUGGAGGACAGAAAGCCAGAAUCUGUCUUGCUCGAGCAGUUUAUGCCGACAAUGAUAUACUCUUGAUGGACGACGUUUUGAGUGCUGUGGAUGCCAAGGUUGGGAGAGAUAUUAUGAACAAUUGUAUUCUUGGGCUUCUUCAAAAAAAGACUCGAGUGCUAGCGACCCACCAGCUUUCGCUUAUUCAGUCGGCAGACAAGGUGGUGUUCAUCAAUAAUGGCAAAAUCGAUGUGGGAACAAUUGAAGAAAUUUCGAAGCGGAACCAGGAUUUUGUGAGCUUGAUGACCCAUGCAACAACCAGCGAGCAAAAAGACGAAACAAAAGAAAGCCAAAAAAAGGAAGCCACCAAAGAGGUUUUGGAUGGAAAGUUAAUGAGAAAGGAAGAUAGGGCUACAAAUAGCCUUGGGUUUAAUGUCUACAAAUCAUAUAUGAAGUUGGGGUCUGGAAUUUUCACUGUUUGGGGAUGGCUUGCUUUCUACCUUUUGAACACUGCCUUGGCUACUUUUUGUCAAUUGUUCUCAAGUACAUGGUUAUCAUUUUGGGUCGAGAAGAAAUUUUCGAUUUCCAGCGGCAGCUACAUUGGGCUUUACGUCAUGUUCUGUAUGCUCACAGUGGUCUUUCUUGUCAAUGAAUUGUUAAGUUUGGUAUAUCUCACCAACACUGCUGGCUAUAAGCUCCAUAACAAGAGUCUCAAACGGAUUUUACAUACUCCGAUGCUGUUCUUGGACACAACUCCCUUGGGUCGAGUAAUGAACCGGUUUUCAAGAGACACCGAAGUUUUGGAUAAUGAGAUUGGAAACCAGUUGCGAAUUGUGAGUUACUCGCUCUCAUCAAUCAUUGGAGUUUUAAUUCUUUGUAUUGUUUAUUUGCCAUGGUUUGCAAUUGCUAUUCCAUUUUUGGUAUUUGUCUUUGUUGCGUUUGCAAGCUACUACCAAGCGUCUGCUCGAGAGGUCAAGCGACUCGAAUCAACUCAAAGGUCUUUUGUCUAUUCAACUUUCGGAGAAAUCUUGAGUGGAAUGGAAACUAUCAAAAUCUACCUGAUGCAGCUGCGUUUUUUGAACCGGGUCAAUUACGUUGUCGACAAAAUGAACGAAGCAUAUUUCAUCACCAUCACCAAUCAGCGGUGGCUUGGAGUACAUCUCACUUUGGUUUCGUCUUUUUUUGCUCUUAUAAUUGCACUUCUUUGUGUUACCAGAGUGUUCAAUGUCAGUGCUGCGUCGGUGGGUUUGUUGCUAUCGUAUGUUCUUCAAAUAACGCAGCAGAUGAUCCAGAUGAUGAGAUCUCUCACCCAGGUUGAAAAUCAGAUGAAUUCCGUCGAGCGGUUAAACCAGUACGCUAUGUAUCUCGAGCAAGAAGCACCAUACAAAUUGGGACCACUUCCCGAAAACUGGCCGUCUAAAGGACAGAUCCAGUUCAACAACGUGAGUGUUGCGUACAGAAAAGGACUUCCUCUUGUGCUCAAAAACUUGAAUUUUUCAAUCAAAGCAGGAGAGAAAAUCGGAAUCUGUGGUCGUACUGGGGCGGGAAAAUCGUCCAUUAUGAACACAUUGUUCCGAAUCAAUGAACUAUCAUCAGGAUCCAUCGUUAUAGAUGACAUUGAUAUCAGCAAAAUUGGACUAGAAGACUUGCGGUCGAGAUUGUCCAUUAUUCCCCAGGACCCAAUUCUCUUUGUGGGCAGUGUCCGGAGAAAUUUGGAUCCGUUUAACCAGCACGAAGACCUGGUUCUCUUGGAUGCCUUGCGGAAAGCUCACUUGAUCUCUGCUAACGAGAAGGAACUGAUGAUAAGAGAAGAGUUGCAAGACCAUAGGUUCAAUCUCGAUCAUGUGGUGGAGGAAAAUGGCGAUAAUUACUCACUCGGUGAAAAGCAAUUGCUUUCGCUUGCCCGGGCCCUCGUGCGCCAAACGAAAAUCCUCAUACUAGACGAGGCCACCUCGUCUGUAGACUACGAAACAGAUGGGAAAAUUCAAACCACCAUUGCAACUGAAUUUCGCAGCCAAACCAUUCUCAGUAUUGCUCACCGUCUCCAUACUAUUCUCUCGUACGACCGUGUUCUAGUUCUUGACCAGGGCAAAGUAGUGGAGUUCGACACACCGGUAAAUCUCUACCGAGCCGGCAAAAUUUUCUGGGAAAUGUGUAACAAGUCCAAUAUUAGUGGUGCAGAUAUUGAAGCUGCAAAUAGGUAA